UCGAGCGGAGUCGCGACUCGGCAAGCCGAGACUCAGCCUGAGAGAGACGCGCGUCACAAGGCGCGUCCGCCGUGUUUUUCAUUUUCCGUGCUCGUGUACAAUUUUCCAGCAGUGUUGCUGCCGCGUGCACCUGUCAAGAAAGGGCCGAGUUGCGUUACCGCGAGGAUAACGUGGGUUCAGUGAUAGAAGAUCAACGAAUGACGUUGAGGUAGACGACGACAACGAGGUGAGCUGUCCACAGGUUUCGGCGAGUUCCGGCCGUGUCGAGAACUCGCAGCGUGCCACUCGUAACUUGGAAGCGACGACGCCGUUUCAAGAAGAGACUUUUCGUCGACUUGCGUGCGGUAGGGAAGACUAUUUGCAGCGAGUGCAUUGACGCAGUUACAGAGCGCAGAAAUUUGAACCACAUAGUCGAUGAGGCUCAGCACCGUCGCGAAAAAAUCUACAUAGACAGAAGAAAAGCAGAACAACAAUGCACCGUGUUCAUCAUAGACAUGUGGCCCUUGCAGCUUUAAUUGUUAUACUUAAUAUUUUAACAGGAUUCGUAAAUUCUCAAUAUGGACUGAGAGAAUACAGACCACCACCCAGAGGAUCGCACGCGAAAAUACCACACCCCUGUGAGCAGAGCUCGUGUUACCCAGCGACUGGAAAUUUGCUGAUCGGUCGAAAGAACAAACUGAACGCUUCGUCGACGUGCGGUCUGAAGGGACCCGAGAGGUUCUGCAUCGUUUCUCAUCUGAAAGAGAGAAAGAAAUGUUUCUUCUGCGACUCGUCGUUUCCCAAGCGGCAGCAUAACAUCGAGAACAUCGUCGGCAGCAAGUCGUGGUGGCAAGCUGAGAACGGGGUGGAAAAUGUUACGAUACGCUUCGAUCUUGAAGCGGAAUUUCACUUCACGCAUAUCAUCAUUCGCUUCCAAACCUUCCGACCAGCCGCCAUGCUGAUCGAACGAUCGUACGAUUUCGGGGAGACCUGGCAGGUAUACCGGUACUUCGCUCACAACUGUGAACACUAUUUCCCCGGGAUCCCUACCCAUCAGCCUCAAAGGUUAACGGACGUUAUCUGCGAGACGAGAUACUCGGCUGUGGCUCCUUCCAAUGGCGGCGACGUAAUUUUCAGAGUGCUGCCGCGAAAUUUAGACAUCGUCAAUCCGUAUUCGAAAGAAGUGCAGAAUCUUUUAAAGAUAACCAAUCUUAGAAUCAACAUGACGAGACUUCACACUCUGGGUGACGAUUUGCUCGACGAUCGUGCCGAAAUUCGCGAAAAGUAUUAUUACGCCAUCGAGGACAUGGUGAUACGUGGCUCCUGUUCCUGCUACGGACACGCGUCCAGGUGUUUACCGUUGCCCGGAGUCAUCGACGAGGUGGACAUGGUGCACGGCAGAUGCGAGUGUACUCACAACACCAAGGGCCUCAAUUGCGAGAAAUGCGAGGACUUUUACAACGAUCUGCCGUGGAAGCCGGCAGUUGGCAAGCAAACGAACGCCUGCAGACGUUGCAAUUGCAACAAUCACACCACGUCUUGCCACUUUGACGAGGCGGUCUACGACAGAUCGGGAAGAGUGUCCGGCGGAGUCUGCGACGAUUGCCAGCACAAUACGCGAGGGCAGAAUUGCGAACAGUGCAAGCCAUUCUUUUAUCACGUUAUUUUGAAGGAUAUCUCCGAUCCGGAAGCUUGUCAACCGUGCAACUGUAAUCUGGGCGGAUCCGUGGACGAUGGGAUUUGCGACUCGAGAACCGACGUUCUCAGUGGCGACGAGUCCGGACGUUGCCAUUGCAAAGCGAAUGUCGAGGGACGUCCUUGCGACCGUUGCAAGAACGGCUUUUGGAACUUUGAUCCCGAUAAUCCCGAAGGAUGUCAAGCCUGCACCUGCAACAUUCUGGGCACCGUUGACAAUCAGGGCUGCGAUAUGGUGACCGGCGAAUGCACGUGCAAACGUUACGUCACCGCGCGCGAUUGCAACCAGUGCCUGCCGAAUUAUUGGGGGCUCUCCGAGGACCGCGACGGAUGCAAACCCUGCGACUGCGAUCCCGGCGGCUCUUACGAGGAUUCCUGCGAUGUCGUCACCGGUCAGUGCAGAUGUAGACCUCACGUCAGCGGGAGAACGUGCAAUCAACCGGAGCAGAGUUACUACACCGGCUCGCUCGAUUUCCUCAUCUACGAAGGGGAGUUAUCCAGAGCUAGCGAUAACUGUCAAGUGGUAAUCAGAGAGCCUUAUCGCGACGGCAAGAACAGCACGUGGACUGGCACGGGUUUCAUGAAGGCCCUCGAGGACUCGAUAUUGAACUUCACCAUUGACGACAUACGCAGAUCCAUGUGGUACGAUGUGAUCGUUCGAUACGAGCCGGUGCAUCACGGUGUUUGGAACGAUGUGCAAAUCAUCCUCGAGAGAGACAGUCCACCGGAUCCGAACGGUCCGUGCGCCGACUGGACACCCGAGUACGAUCGCUUAUGGGCCCAAUUGCCGAUACGAUCGAGAAGCGCCGUGGCGCAACCCUCUAUAUGCUUGGAAACGGGAAAAAGAUACAAUCUCGUGCUGCAGUUUCGCAAGUUUAACGGCCUACCGGACACGCCUUCGGCUUCCAUCCUGGUCGACUCGGUUGUUUUGAAACCGAGGAUAGACGUGAUACCCUUCUUCAAAACACCGGGCGUGGGUGAAUUGCGUCGCCAGGAAUACGAGCAUUACCACUGUAACGACUUUUUUAACGACGUCAAUGUCAUGUGGAACAAUAUACCCGAGAUUUGCCGAAAGUAUCAAAAUAGUAUCGGCUACUAUGUUUUCGAGGGUGCUCAUUCUUGCGAGUGUAAUCCGACGGGAUCUCGCAGUCUUCUCUGUGAAAAUUACGGUGGAACGUGUCCCUGCAAGCCAAACGUGGUUGGCAGACGUUGCGAUCGUUGCGCACCGGGCACAUACGGAUUCGGUCCCGAAGGUUGCAUCCCUUGCGACUGCGACGGGGUCGGUGCUCUCGACAACUUUUGCGACGUCGAGACCGGCCGCUGCAAGUGUCGUCGUAACACUUACGGCAGAACCUGCGGCCAGUGCGAACCUGGUUUUUGGAACUUUCCGCACUGUCAACGUUGCGAGUGCAACGGACAUGCGGACAGUUGCGACUCCAAGACUGGCGCUUGCAUCAAUUGCAGAGACUACACUACCGGACACAAUUGCGACCGUUGUAUCGAUACCUUUUACGGCGAUCCACGAAUCGGCGUCGAUAUUCCCUGCAGGGCGUGUCCGUGUCCAGGCACUCUCGAGUCCGGCCACUCGUACGCCGACGGCUGCUCGUUAGAUUCGAUAACGCAGGACGUGAUUUGCGAAUGUUUCGAGGGUUAUGCCGGGCCCCGAUGCGAACACUGUGCCGAGAAUUAUUUCGGCAAUCCCGAAGUACCCGGUGGUAGUUGCGAGCCCUGCGAGUGCAGCAACAACACAGAUUUGCGUCGGCCAGGCAACUGCGAUCCGCACACCGGUCGUUGCCUCCAGUGCUUGUACAACACCGACGGUCCGAAUUGCCAAAUCUGCAAAGCCGGCUUUCACGGCAACGCCCUGCGACAGGAUUGUCAAGAUUGCAAUUGCAAUGUGUUGGGCACCGACAAGGCCGUGGGGCCGUGCGACAACCUCACCGGACAAUGCCCAUGCUUACCGCAUGUCAUCGGACAGCUUUGCGAUUCCUGCGAAGAGAAUCACUGGAGGAUAGCUAGCGGAGAGGGCUGCGAUCCUUGCGAGUGCGACACGAUUGGAAGCGUGUCAGACAGAUGCAAUCCUUACGACGGCACUUGCGAGUGUAGGCCGGGCUUCGGCGGUAGACGGUGCAACGAGUGUCAAACGAACUUCUGGGGUAACCCGAACGUGGAGUGUUACCCGUGCGAGUGCGACGUGAUCGGCUCCGCCAGUCAGCAGUGCGACAGGGAUACCGGAGUGUGCGUUUGUCACAAGGGUAUCGGCGGUGAGAAAUGCGACCAAUGCGACCGCGGCUAUCACGGUGACGCGCCUCAGUGUAGCCCCUGCGGCGAAUGCUUCGACAAUUGGGAUCUGAUACUGAGUGGUCUCAGAAACAAGACGAACACCGUAAUCGAUGAGGCUUCGAGGAUACAGAAGGUUGGUACGUCCGGAGUUUACAGUCAGGAAUUCGACGACAUGGAAACGUCGCUGAACGAGGUAAAGGCGCUGAUCGCUAACACCACCAUCCGAGCGCAAGACCUGGGCGCCUUGAACGUCUUGGCCGCGGAAUUGGAGAAGAAUAUCACCGAAUCGGCGCAGCGGCAGCUGGAAAACAUCAACAACCUCUCGGAGAACGUCAGUCAAAGAGUUAAUCUCGGGGACGUCGCGCUGAAAGGACUGAAGAAUCGAACGAACAGCUUGCACGAGGCCGCCGCCGAACUGAGGGAGAACGCUACCAGGCUGCAAGAGGAGAACGUGCAGGGCGCGUUGAAUGUGACUCAGCAGAUGGCCGAGCAGUCCAGGCAGGCUGAGAGAAUGGCCAACGACACCAGCAACGUUCUGGCCGAUGCCGAGCGAUUCCGCAAGCAUACUGAGAAUCUCCUGGCGAAGAACCGCGUCACCGUCGAUGACGCCCAAGAGAGGAACAAGGAAUCGUUGGUAAAGCUGAACGAGAAGCUGAGGACGUUCGGUAUGAUUAUACCCGAACUGAACAAGCUCAUGUGCGGACACAACGUAACGGAUUGCAGCACCGUCUGCGGUGGCGCGGGCUGCGGCUUCUGCGGCGGGCUGUCCUGCGACCCUGGCGCGAUCACCAAGACCAAUCAAGCUCUAGACGUGGCGAGGCAGCAGGUUGUCAGGAUCAAAACUCACAAGGACGAGGCCGAGCAAUUGUUGCGCAACAUGAGUCAAAUCAAGCAAGACUCUACAGCGGCGAGAUCCAACGCUCAAGACGCCUUCAAUUACGCGUGGGACGCGCGCAACCGUUCCGAAAACAUUUCCAAGGAGCUCGUGGACAUAACCAAUCGAAUCUGGGACAAUAUGAACGACGAGCAACCUACGCCGUCUAUGGUGAGGGAUCUCGCGAGCAAGGUGCUCGAGAAGAACAUUCAGCUGGAGCCGGACGAGAUUACGCGGUUGGCCGAUCGCAUCAAGAGUAUCGUCGGCUCACUCACCGAUUCGGAGAGAAUUCUCGCCGACACCAGGGACGAUCUUCAACUGGCUCGCGAGCUCGAGCAACGCGCCAAUCGCGCGAAAGAAGCCGCUAUUGAGAAGCAAGACUUGGCCAGCAAGGUGAUUCUGCUGUUGAACGAUGCGCAGGAAGCGCAAGAGAAGGCACAGACCGCCAUCGACAAGGCGGAGGCGGAUGUGCUCAAGUCGCAAAAGGACUUGGUGGACAUCGCCGAUGUGACGAGAGCUGCUCAGAUUCAAGCGAACAACACCACCCAGUCCGUGGAGGCUUUGGACACUCGUCUCAAGCAGCUGCAGCUGCAAUCGGUCAGAAAUGACUUUGUGCUGACGAAGGAGAUCAGCGUGGAGGCGAAAAAGGUUGCCGAGGAGGCGCGAGUGAUCGACGACAAGACGAGAAAGCUGUCGGAGGAGUACGCAAGAGCGGACGAGUCGUUGCACCAGCGGGUGAACAAGAGCAAGGGUGAUAUACAGCGGGCGAAGAAGCUUUUGCAGCGAGCCUCCGAACUGACGGCGGAUACGUCGACCAAGUUCAAGGACUUGGACGGCAUGGAGAGCGUGUACAGGGACAACGAGAGGCUGCUGAAUGACCUGAUGAGAGACGUGGACGCGCUGACGAUGGAGAUGGAGAAACACUUGGAGGAGAUCGAGAAAAACUCGCAGUUGUACAGACAAUGUUCCGCUUAAAACAAGCGUCAUCCGUUCCGAUCGCGCGUUUCCAAUGCAUCCCUUAUGCAUCACACGACGACUUUCGUCGUUAUGCUCGACACAGAAAUAUUCUUACGAUGUGUAGAAUAGAUCACAUUUUUAUUUUGAUCGGACGAAUGAUCGUUUCCAGUUAGAGUUGUAUCUCGCGUUAAUGCGAGAAAUAUUACGUCUUUGUGAGGUCGGUCCUUGUAAUUGUGCAAUAGCUGCGGUUUUCAAUUUUGGAACGGAAGAAUGAAACAUGUAUGAAGCACAGAGUGAGGCGGAUAAUUAUUAUCACCUGGAAAAUAUCUUUGAAAAAUAAAAAUAUUUUAUCAACGACUGAACAAGUUUACGGAAGGUAGUGAUGGCGAGAAGUGUUGAAUAAUGUUGAUUUAUUUUUCAUACUUGGAAGAUAUUCAAGGGAUAUAUUCAGACAGUAAAAUGCCUUGAUAUAAAUUGUGUCGUUUCACAUUUCUUUUCUAGAAAGUAUCACGAAAAGCGAGGAGAAUUAUAUUAGUGACAUAAAUGGUGGGGCCCCAUUAGUAGUUGUUAAGAAAGAGAGAGAGAGAAAGGACGAUUUAUAUAUCUCUCUCUUGGUGUUCGAUACUGCCAGCGAGUCUUUUCCAGGUCAUUUUUCAUCCUUUUUGCAAUUUUUAUAUCAUAGUGCGCUCUCACACAUUUUUUAUCUUUAUUAUAAGAAUAUAAACUGUUCUGUCCGCUAAAAUGUGCAUCACUUUAUGACACGCGGUACUUAAAGUCACGAGAAACAGCGUAGCAAAGUAUUAACGCUAGACGAUACAAAUUACAUGUAAAUAACUCUAAAAUAACUAUAAUACAGGUUUAAGAUAUUAA